AUGGGCGUUCUGCGGUCCAUCCUCAUUCCCCUCUAUGCUUGCAAAUUGGCCUAUGCCGCCAGCCCACCAGUGAAGGUCUCCCUGAGGUUGUCGUGGGCUGCACCACAUCCCUUGGUUGAGACCUUGGAGACUGUCGCGCAAGAGAAUCGGGAUGCAUUCUUCCCCCUCCUCGAUGCCUUGACCGAUGGGGACAAGCUGGUAUCCCCACAGUCCCUUACCCCCGAAGCUGCAUAUCAGGCAGCACUCGAGAUCGCAGCGUCUGGUGGACUGCUAAGCAAGCCAGGCUCGCUGGCGGCUGUGGAGAUGAACCUGGCAUUGCACUCCGCAACACCAACAAUCGAAGCCUUCCACCAAUACUACGAGAACCUGAACCAGUGGGUAGAAUGCGGCUCCUGGGUCGAUUGGUAUGGCCAAGUGGUGUGCGACGUCGAAGAACUCGCCCGCCUCGCCGGCAUAGAGACCCUAGACGCCAACACAACUGAGAAGAACGAAGAAUUCAUCCGACCCAAGCUCCUCGCAUUCGAUCACGUCUAUCCAGAUCCCCAAUAUGAACUAGCGCGUCCCCCUCGCACCGCCAUCCUCUACGCGUCGUUAUUCUCUCCCAACUUCCGUGAUCUGCACUCGUAUCUGUACGAGCAAGCGUCACGACCGGCUACACACGUCGAAUACGUCGUCCGCUAUGUGCCCGAGCAGGAUGCACGAUCACCAAACUCGCUGUCGGGCUACGGCGUCUCCCUCGACUUGAAGAAGACAGACUACCUCGUUAUUGAUGACAGGGCCGCUCGUAUACGCUCUUCGGACGGCAUUGAAGAGGCGACCGACGACGACGAAGCCCGUGACGAUAUCUUGACGCUGAUAGAGGCAUACCCGGUCAAUGACACGGUGUCAGAUUCCAGCGAACCACUCUCAGAGGACGAGAUACGGGCAGAGCUCGACAUGAAGGCCACCCAAAUCAUCAUCGACUCCUCGGACCCCCUGCGCACCCUCCUCGACCUCGCGCAGAAUUUCCCGCGCUAUGCCGCUCCCCUCGCGCGUCAUUCUAUCCCUCUCAACGAUACCGUCGCCGCCGAGCUCGCGCACAACGCAGCCAAGGUCCAGCAGGGCGGCAGUAUGAUGUGGCUGAACGGCAAGGGCGUCGCCGAGAGGGACAUCACCGCGUUCGGGCUGUUGAGAUUACUCCGCAAGGAGCGCGAGGUCGUGCUGUCGUUGACGGGGCUCGGGCUGAGCGCCGGGCAGGCUGUUGAGCUGAUCACGCACCCAGCGAUCGCGGCAGCGCAGAAGGGGAAGGACUACGCGGAUGGGGUCUUCGACGCGAGCGACAGGGAGGAGGGCGGUGACGUGAUUGUGUGGUGGAACAGUAUGCUCGAGGACAGCCGGUACGCGCGGUGGCAGCCCUCCAUCAAUGCGCUCCUCCGCCCCCUCUACCCGGGCCAGUUCCCGAGCCUGAAGCUCAAUCUCUUCAACAUCGUCAUCGUCGCGGAUCUCACGGACCCGGUCGCGUUCAACUUCGUGUCCAACUCGGUCUCGAAUAUAAUAGAUAGGAACUUCCCCUUCCGCUUCGGUGUGGUGCCCAUUGGCGAGUCGUUGGAUAGCGAAAGGCUCGCCAAGCUUUUCUACGGCAUGAUCCAGGAGUUCGGGCGCAAGAAGACCAUCAUCUUCAUGCGCAAGGUCGCGGGACGGCACACCACCGAGCCUAAGAUCGACUGGGGCAUCGUCGAGUUCGAAUAUGACGAUAUGGUGGACCAGCUCGAGGCCAAGGACCCCUCGAAGCAGUACCCCGAGCUCGACGACUUACUCAAUCGUGAUGUGUUGCCUCAAUCCAAGAUUCGCAGCUACACUGAACGCCUGGAUCUGGACACUUCGUCCAACAAGCACGGCUACGUCUUCGUGAAUGGGAAAUACUUCGAGCUUGACGAUACCUUCCUCCGCGCCAUGCAGAGCGAAGUCGCACUGCAGACGAACUUUUUGCAGGAGCAGCUCUACGCCGGUCAACUGUCCGAGGACGACUCCGCGAGGAUGGAGACCUAUUUCUACGACCUUCCUGGCGCGCAGAAGCGGCGAAGUGCAUACAUCCAUCAGCCGGCGGAUGAGCUGGUCAUCGAGAGCCUCCCGGAGUUGCUAGCUAAGGCGAGGCUGUCUCUCGCGCCCUCGUCAUACGUGUAUCCGCCCGAGGCCGGAUUCUUGCCUCUCACAACAUACGUCGUGGCGGAUUUGGACAGUGAAGAAGGUCUCGGGCUUGUCAAGGAAGCGCUGCUGUCCCUGGACGAGACGUCGCGCACGAGACUAUCCUUCAUUCACAAUCCCAAGGACGUCGAGGGAAGCCUCGUUGACAAGCAGCCAUACUCAGUUUCGUGGACCAUAGCGCAUCUCGUCAUGAAGCAACGCCUGUCCCGCGCUACCCCCGCGAAAUUACUCCAGGCCUUUGGUCUCGAUGCGGCACCUGCGGAACAGGCGCAAGGCUCGCAGACGCCCUUGUCCCGCGAAGGAGGUCUUGCCGAUCUUGUCGAUGGGAUCACCACGGACUCGGACGCCUACGAGGCUUAUAUCAAGAGUUCUGUUCUCCUCGCGCGCGAGCUGCAUCUCCAGCCCGGGCAGUCGGCCGUCGUCGCUAAUGGUCGGGUAGUCGGUCCUAUCGAGCGGAAGGAAUUCAAGGCGGUCACGUUUAAGGACCUCGAAGAGUACGAGAUGAAGAAACGUGUUGGUCCUAUUACGGAGGCAUUGUCCAAGAUCACUCCUGAGGCGCUCGAGCGCGAUAGGGCUUCUGUUGCAGAGUUGCUGUCUACGGCCUCAUCUGUCGUUGCCUCGCUACAGAUCCCCGAUCCGAGUGAGGUUGGGCUGUACCAGGCUCCGGCAAGCCCCAGGCUGCGCAACUAUAAUCUAUUGGAGGGUCGGCAUACGUCAUUCGAGUUUGGUGACAACUCGACUGCUCUUUAUCAGUUGGCCGUCAUUGUAGACCCCUUGAGCGAAGCUGCGCAGAAGUGGACACCGUUGUUAGCGUGGCUAGCCAAUGUUCCAGAUAUCUACAUUCAAGUCUAUCUGAACCCAGCACCACUCAAGGAGCUACCUUUGAAGCGGUUCUAUCGCUACAACGUCCGUCCAGCUCUGGAGUUCGACGAGCAGGGCAAUGAGGUCACCGCCGAGACCAUCUUCCGAGGCCUCCCAGUCGACCCGAUCUACACCCUAGGCAUGGACGUCCCUCAAUCCUGGCUCGUUCGGCCAAAGAAGGCUCUCUACGAUCUCGACAACGUCCAGCUCAAUCACCUUGACCCCCGGGAUGACGCCCUUGAAGCUGUCUUUGACCUGGACUACAUCGUCGUGGAGGGUCACGCUCGCGAAGGGUCCGGCGCUCCUCCCCGGGGUCUGCAGCUCGAGCUGCUGGCCGGCGAGACCCCGAUUGACGACACACUCGUCGUUGCCAACCUGGGCUAUCUGCAGUUUAAGGGCAAGCCCGGCGUGUACAGGCUCGCUAUACGCCCAGGUGUCGGCCCGAAGGUGUACGAGUUGGAGAGUGUUGGGAGCCAGGGUUGGGAUAGCCCGCCGGUCAAUGUCAGCGGCCCGGAGGUUGCCGUGACGAGCUUCGAGGGCAUCACUUUGUACCCUCGGUUCGCAAGGCGGCCGGGCAUGGAGAGAGCAGACGUUCUCUCCUUGCGAGGUCUACCCGAAGAGCCGAAGGGUUUCCUAGAGAGUCUCAAAUCCAGCCUUACCUCUUGGUUCUCUAACCCACCUCCCAUGCCCGCUGAGGUUGGCAAAGCGCAGGCCGACAUCAACAUCUUCACCGUCGCCUCAGGCCUGCUGUACGAGCGCUUCGCGUCCAUCAUGAUCCUCAGCGUGUUGCGGAAUACCAAUAGCACGGUGAAGUUCUGGUUCAUCGAGAAUUUCCUCUCACCGACGUUCCUGGAAUUCAUCCCCCACUUCGCCGAGGAGUACAACUUCCAAUACGAGCUCGUCACAUACAAGUGGCCAUCGUGGCUUCGCCAACAAAAAGAGAAGCAGCGCAUCAUUUGGGCGUACAAAAUCCUCUUCCUCGACGUGCUCUUCCCCAUGGACCUCAAGAAGGUCAUCUUCGUCGAUGCGGACCAGAUCGUGCGGGCAGACCUCAAGGAGCUUGUCGACCUCGAUCUGCAUGGUGCGCCGUACGGAUACACCCCCAUGGGCGACGACAACACGGAGAUGGAGGGCUUCCGCUUCUGGAAGUCGGGCUACUGGCACGACUUCCUGAGAGGGCGCCCGUACCAUAUCAGCGCGUUGUACGUUAUCGAUUUGGACCGCUUCCGCCGUAUGGCUGCCGGGGACAUACUGCGUCAACACUAUCAGGCGCUGUCGGCAGAUCCUGGCUCGCUGGCCAACCUUGAUCAAGAUCUUCCGAACAACCUGCAGCGAGAAGUGCCAAUCUUUUCCUUGCCCGAGGACUGGCUAUGGUGCGAAACAUGGUGUAGCAAGGAUCGCCUACACCGCGCAAAGACCAUCGAUCUUUGCCAAAACCCACUCACCAAAGAACCGAAACUCUCGCGUGCGCGUCAAAUUCCGGAAUGGGAGGUAUACGACGCUGAAAUCGCUGGGUUUACCCGUCGGUUGGCGGAGGAGGGCGCAAUCCAGUCUCGCCUGGCGGCCGCGGAUGCGAAUGCGCUGGCGAAUAGCGGGGGCUCAACGGAGGACGCAAAGACAAUGGCAUCAAGCGCAAGUGAGGUUGAGACUCAAGUCGCUAAGCCGGGGGAGUACCCCAUCGAUACGCACUUUGGUCACGUUGCAGAGGAACUCUGA